UAUUCUCAUCCGUAGCUGCUCUUGUGGUGCUUUGGGAGGCUCCGUCCCCCCCCCCCUUCGACAUCUAUGAGAUUAAUUGAAUUUGUGAGGGGAACAGCGGCGCAGAUCUGAUUCUCAGGAGAAGGACGCGAAAAGCUGUUGUCACAAACCUUGAAAUACAGAGAAAGGAAAGUUGGUUUGAGUGGGCAAUGAUUAGAGAGACGAUGAAGGCCUGGAGUGACAGCCAGUUGGACCUUUACAGCAGUGACCUAGAAGAAGAGGAAGAGAUGAUUUUUGGAGAAAAUGGAGAUGACUUGGAAGAGAUGAUGGACUUAAGUGACCUGCCUACCUCACUUUUUGCUUGUAGUGUUCAUGACGCAGUAUUUGAAGUUCAAGAACAAAAGGAACGAUUUGAAGCGCUUUUCUCCGUCUAUGAUGAUCAUGUUACAUUCCAGCUAUUUAAAAGUUUUAAAAGAGUAAGGAUAAACUUUAGCAAUCCGGAAGCAGCAGCAAGGGCACGGAUAGAACUACAUGAGACUGACUUUGGUGGGAAAAAGUUGAAGCUGUAUUUUGCUCAGGUUCAGAUGCCCAGUGAUGUGGGAGACAAAUCUUACCUCCUGCCCCCACAGCCUGUCAAACAGUUUCUGAUCUCACCACCUGCCUCUCCACCUGUAGGAUGGAAGCCGAGUGAAGAUGCCACACCCAUGAUAAACUAUGACUUGCUCUGUGCAGUUUCAAAAUUGGGGCCUGGGGAGAAGUAUGAGCUUCAUGCAGGAACAGAAUCCACACCCAGCGUGGUUGUCCAUGUGUGUGAAAGCGAAACGGAAGAGGAGGAUGAAACUAAAAAUCCCAAACAGAAGAUUUUGCAGACAAGGCGCCCCGAUCCACCGCCCACAUUGCUGAGUGAAACAAAAACUUUUGAAUGUAUGCUAGAGGUAGGGGGUGGGAUGCACUUUUGAUCUGAGGUGAUCUAACAGCAGCAGUGGAUGGAAAUCAUGUUUGUGUUGCUUCGUGAUGUGUAGCAGCAGCAGACAUGUAGUCAUCUCGCAUCAAAAAGACUUUAGAUGCCAACGUUCUAAAGAGCACUUUAAGGUUUUAACUCCCAAGAUGUAGCAAAUCCUUUGGGAUUUUGAGUCCUAGCACACUAGACUAGGAGGAUGCCAUUUUGGAAUGUGUGUGUUGCCAUUUUCUUGGUGUAUAAAAAGGCUGAAAGAAACUCGAAUGCUGCCAUCUUUGUAUUGGUU